AGGAAAAAAAAAAAAAAAGGGGAGAUCAUUUGCAUUAAUGAAAUUAGCUACAAAGGCUCCUGGGCCUUUUUCCUUUCUGAAAUUGUGUCUUCAAAUUUUUAGAAGUUGCUGAUCAGAAUCGUGGGCACUUAAAUUUAUUCUCUGGUUACAAAUAUUUUAAAUAAGUUGGUUUCUGUAAGAACUCCAAAAAACGUUUUAGCUGCUUACCUAGCACCUUUCUCAGGAAGUAAUAAUAGCACCAAAUAUUGCUGAUUCACUACCUGAUAAAGAUUAUUUCCUGAGUUAAAAUACUCAUAGCAGUUUGUAUACAUUAAAAGAAGGGUUUUACUUUUUUAAAAAUCUUGGGAAUAAUAGCUAUCAUGUGUUGAGUCCUUACUGCCUUCCAGGCACUGUUCUAUGCACUUUAUAUACUGUAUCACGUUUAAUCCUUCCAUCAAUGCUUUCAGGUAGGUAUGAUCUCUAUUUUACACACAAGUAAUAAGGAAAAAGGCUCAAGGAGUUAAAUCAUUUAUCAAGAGUGGUUCUCUGAGUGACAGAGCCGGGCAGUGGGCCGACUUGUCAGGCUGCAGCGCCGGCUCCUCUAGCCCAACGUUGGUUUACAAUAGUCAAGAUGAGUUGAAGUCAAGGGGUCUUUUUCCCUAUGUAAAGCUAUUUAUAUCUUCCAAGCCAAAUGGAAUAUUAUAAAAAUACAGUUAAUUCAUCCUAUGAGCAGGAAGAAUAUUUUUUAGUGUAAUUGUUUUCCAGCAAUUGUAAGAGCAUACUGCUUGUCUCAGAAGAAAAUUCCAUCGAGGGGCUUUAAAGUCUUUAUGUAUAAAAGACAAAAUAAAAAUCAUUUUUCUUAUUUUAGUUUUCUGGAUAUGCCGCAGAAGGAUCCGUGCCAGAAACAAGCCUGUGAAAUACAGAAAUGUUUACAAGCCAACAACUACAUGGAAUCUAAGUGUCAGGCUGUCAUCCAAGAACUGCGUAAGUGUUGUGCUCGAUAUCCCAAGGGAAGAUCUCUCGUCUGUUCAGGAUUUGAGAAAGAAGAGGAAGAGAAGCUGACGCUGAAGCCCACAUGACAGUAAAGUUCUGCUGAGAAGCAAACUGCUGCCCCACAUUGCCACCACGCGGGUUUUAUCUAUCCUCCUGACUCUUUCUUCAGGCCAGGUAGCAGCAAAUAUCAAAUGAAAAAGUCAACUAUAAAAGUUAAUAUGCCAUCUAUGCAGAACAAAUAUAAAUAUAUUAAACAAAUAAGUAGAAUGUGAUAAAACUGAGCUGCUAAAAUAAACCUUUUAA